AUGCCGCAGCUUAUUCCUGGCCGGGUUAAUCUGCCAGAUGGACCGUUGAGCGAAGAAGCACUACGUGCGCUGUUGGCUGGCUACGAGGCAGGGCAUGAUGGAGAUCACGCGGGGCUAAAUUAUGCGCUUCUGGUUUGCCUUAUGUUGUUUUUGGUGAUGAUUCCGGUGGUGGUGGCGGCUGUGGUAGUGCGCUCAUGGGCAAGAUGUUGGCCAACGAGUCAACGCGGGAGCGCGGGCUUGACAGCGCAGCCAGCCGCCGCAGUGGCAGCCCCAGAGUUGGAUUUGGAAUCCCAACUUCUUGGUGGCGAGGUGUACGUUCCGGGCGAAACGGACUGGCUUCGUACACAAACCAUGGCACUGCAAGCGCAACAAAAACGGCUCUUGGAACUUCGAGCUGAGGACUUGCAGGCAUGCCGCCGCUUGGGCACGAAGUUGGCGAAGGCGAGUGCAUCCAUGAUGGAGCUUAAAGGCACUCCGACGCUCGCUUUUAGCGAGGACAGCCUGCCUCCGACGAUAUCCGAAGCGUGUGGACAGCUCCUGAAAGCAAGGUUCCCCGACAUUUCUCGUGACGGAUGUGAGGUUCAUUGCGCUGUUCAGCCCUUGGGCGCGGUUGCUCUUCGAAUCCUUACCGACGCAGAUGGUCGUCCCAAGGCUGCAUAUGUCGAGAUGACCCGUGCCAUUGGUGGCAUUGGGGGUGGUCGAUCCCUCGCGGAGCAGGUUGAGGAAAGAGCAACCGCCCUAGGCGCGGAGGCGAUCAUUCUGAGGUCCGUGCCGGACGAAGUCAGCUUUUGGGAAUACAUGGGCUACAGAACCAAAGCGCGCAUGAGUGUUGCCGAUGAGAGCAUGCUCGCAGGCCUCGGCCUGUUGACAUGGAUGCAAUCAGACGACGAAUGCCCGCGAAUGUUCCUCGUCCCAGAUCCAAUGUGA